GCAAGCUUGUGGCCUGGAGGUGAUGGUGGUGACUAGUAUAAGCCACCUUUUGAAAUUAUCCUGGAGCAUGAGCCAAAGGAGUUAGUAACGGCUAUUAUCCAUCCAAGAAUUCUCGAUUUGGGUAAGGGGCUCUUCCGAGGCUGAUCACUUUUGUCCUGGAAAUUUUCGACCGGGGAAAAAAAUAAAUACACCGAACCGCAGGGGCCAAACACCUCUAUUUUGAGUUUUUUUCUUUUUUCUUUCUUCCGUUUAGCGGGGAGGGCGAGGGGCGCAGGGUUGUGGCGAACUCGUCAGUUUUUGAGGCUUGGUCGCUAUCUUUACCAGUGCCGGUACGAUACUUCAGCCAAUGCACAGAUCAUACUAUUGCAUUGUAAGGCCGUGUAUGAUAAUUACAAACAAAGGUGGAUCCGAACGGAUGGCGAAACUGCUACCGUAUCAUGCUCCACGGUGGAUGAAUGAAUGAAUGAGGAAAUGAGGAAUGAGUGAGUGGCUCAGCCAGUCUCAGUCAUAUGAUAUCUAGCGGCCAAAGUUUGCUCAAGUCAGUCAGCCGCAGCAGGGUUCAUCCGGUUUUCCGGUUCCGGUUGCAAUCGUACGGUGCGGUGCUCGUACUCGCCCUUCUGACCACCGUUCAGUACUGUACGAGCACUGUACUCGAGUACACACGUAUGCUGCAGCAGCCCCCAUUCCUUCCCCUUAUUCAGCGCUUUAUGAUGCCGGAACGCUGCUGCCUGUAUAGUGUAUAGCGCUGUAUGUAGACAUCGUAGUUUUGGAUAUACUGCCCACGCUACGAGUACAGUACAUAAAUGAGAUUGGGGGGGCGUAUGAUAUGGUACGGUAUGAUAGGAUAGGUUGAGUCCAGAGCCCGGGAGAAGAGAAAGGAAACGCUUUCAGAGUGCUAUGAUAAUCAUUAUAACUUCUGGAAUAGCGGUGAGUGAGUUCCGGAUGUCACUCUGCCUAUCAUGUCUGACGGACACCCUACCAUACUUGUUAGGUGUCCAGUAUGCCAUGCCAGGUUAAUAAACGAUCGGCGGCUUCGCUCAAUUUCUCGAUAUUGGGUUCAUCCCUCCUCCUCCGGAUAGCUUGCAAGUUGCAACCGCCACCGGUAAAUAGAGGGAGUGUUUCCUCGCUCGUACCGGGUAGAGCAGGGUGGGCACCGGAUGAACGUUUCGUUUCGUUUUCCUUCGUUCCUUUCCUUGCCUUCUAUUGAUGAGUCAUCCCAAACAUUCAUCUCCGCUCCACCCCCUCUUCUCCUUCCUUCCCCUCUCGAACCCUCGGGAUCGAACUCGGGGUAUCGGAGAGCUAACAAGUGCCGUCUUGUUCCUCCUGUAGAAUAAGGAAAGGAAAGGAAAAGCAAGCAAAGAGGAAGAAGAAAAGAAAAAAAAACCUACGACGUUUCCCACGAAUGAUAUUGUGGGGAAUGGCUGCUGCGAUCUAUACCUACCUUUCACGAUCCUCGGGACAGAUGGAGACGUGCAGGAGAGAAAAUCGCGUCCCUAUUCAUUUGUGUAAGGAUUGGAUUGGAUUGGAUGGGGAGUCAAGUCAACCAGUUUUUUUUACCAUCGCACCGGUUUUUUUCUCUUCUCUUCUGCGCAGGGCACGCUUUGGAUUUUCUUUUUCGGAGCGUGCUGGGGGGGACGAUUGAAGGUUUGGGAAUGAUUAAAAAUCCAGAGUUGCGAAUCGAAUUGGGCAAAUUGCGAUUCGGGCCGGCUGAAGUGGAAUGAAUAUCACAGUGGGGGUUAAGCUGGUUACUGUAAUCUGCUGGCAUGGAGAAAGAGAGAGAGAGCGUGAGUGAGGCAGAAAAAUAAAGGAGGGAACCCUCAUAAUGCGG